GUCACGUUGCGGUCACACCUUUGUUUUGUUUUGCUUUGCAACACGACUUUUUAAAUUGCAAUUGCAGCAUGGCCGAAGAACCCGAGGAACCCGGCAAGAGCUUCGUUAUCUUUGGACGUGAUGUGUCGCAAAUCCCAUGCUUUCGUAACAGUUUUCUCUACGGAAUCAGCGGCGGUAUCGGAAUCGGAUUGCUAACUUUUCUGGGCACCUCGCGAACCCACCUUUCCACCCACGUGGGCUUCGGAUCCUUCUUCUGCGGCACCAUCGUCUACUGGAUGUCCUGCAGAUAUCAGUGGUCCUCGAGGAGAUUUGAGCAAACGCAACUUCGGGAGGCGAUGCGACGACAAGCUUUAUAUGAGGGCACCGAAGUCGAGCGGGAUUUAGAUCUUAAGUCUGCGUAGCAUAAGUAAUAAGUCAGUUCCUAACCCAUUUGACUACUGCGAUUCUUAUGUUUGCACUCGGGUACCAAGUAGUUCAGGUAUUGUUAAAUCCUUUUUUGUUGUAAAAUCCCUUUUGUUACCGAACACAUUUAUAGUAGCCAAUACAAUAUAAUGUAAGUGAAAUCUUACCUUGAAGUUUAAACGACAUAAUUGAGUUUUUCAUGCUUGUUAUGCUGUAUAUAAACAUGUUUUGUUGUCUUA